AAUACCACUUCACGUUGAGAUUGAUAUUAAGAAGGUAAUAAUGUCGCUACAUGCUAACAAUUUAAUAUACGCUAAUCUAUUGACUGAUUGCAGACAUCUACUGUGAAAGCUACAUGAUCCAAUGGUUAGCCAUGCGUACAUAGAACAAAAUAGAUUAGCGAAUCAGCUACCAAAACCAGGGAGCUUUUUGAAGGAAAUUAUACAAUGCAGGUUUUUGAGCAAGCACCACUUUUUGUUAAAAAAAAUAUGGGAUGAAGACAAGCAAGGUGUAUCAACUACACGCUCACUGUCGCUUAGUCCACGGGCCUUGCCAGAUCUACGACUUACCGUGCAUGAAAGGCGCAAUUCUCACAUAAUCCCAAAAAUUAGAAUAAUUGGAUUUCACGCUUCUUACUCCCGAUUAGGCCUUUGUAAGCGUAGAAAGGGCUUUCAUGGAUUUGUGGCAAACAGCACGGAGCUUCGCGGAGGAAGCUGCAAAGCGAUCACAGGAGUUCACUAAUGAAGCCGUUAAGCGUUCACAGGUGCUCAGCAUGGGUUCUUCCAAGUUAUCCGACGUCGUUUCUGAGGCUUCCAAGCGUUCCAAGGAGAUUGUUGCGGAAGCUUCCAGACGCGCCGACCAGAUCAAGCUUCAAUUUCCUGCUGCAGCUGCCGUCUCUAGCCUCGUCGACUACUCAUCUUCCCCUCAAAUUGCUUUGGCUGCUCCUUCGGUUGCUGAACACGAAAAGUUCGGAGUUACUGAUGAGUUGAGAGAGUUUGUUAAGGGCAUCAGUAUGAACACAUUCCGCGAAUUUCCACUUCAAGAUGAGUCAGAGAUGUAUGAUACUCCUACAAUCUCAAACGUUCGGCAUGAUCUUACAGAAUUUCAGGAAACACAUGCAAAACUUGUUCUUUCAUCUGUCAAGGAAAUCUCAAAGUUGAGGUAUGAGAUAUGCCCACGCAUAAUGAGAGAGAGAAAGUUCUGGAGAAUCUACUUCAUUCUAGUUAACAGUCAUGUCGCACCGUAUGAAAAGAAAUACAUGGACGAAGUGAAAAUGAGAUCUGCUGAGAAGGCAAAGGUCGAGGAGGCAAAGGAUAUUUCAUCAGCUGAAACAACUUCUACACCAGUGACCAGGGCAACAACCCAGACAAACAAGAAGGCAUCAUCAUCAACUGCUGACCAGGAUUUGGACGUUUUUCUUCUCGGAGAGGACAGCGAUGAAGGGCCAGAUGAUAGGGACGAUGCUUCUGAUGAUGAUUUUGACAUGAUAUAGAUAGCCUGCAGGAAGGUGAAAUAUUGGAAACUAGACCAUACAUUGGCUGCUUGCUGCUCGGAGAAGUUGUGGGUGAAAUACACCUGUAUGUACUCAUAUGGGUAAUGCACGAUAAUCCAGCUCAUAUGAAAUAGACAAAUACUCAAAUACUUGCCACCUUCCUCAGCUCUUUCAUCUUGUCCAUUUCUUCAUCCCUUUUCUUUCUUUUUCAACUUUUAUUUUCGCUGGAGUUGCAAAAGAUAAGGUAUGUGGCCGAGGAGGACAGUCGAUAUAUAAUGAUGUUCAUUUCUAAGGUGUAAAGUUGAAAUUCAUUUAGUGGCCGUACCAUUCACCUUUUAUUUAGCUCUAGUACUGGCUGCUUUUCGUUCUACAUCAGUUUCUCGACAUAGUAAACAUAGUUGUAAGUUCAGGCUGUAUAUUGCGUUUCAAAUGCUGCGCUAUCUUUCCUUUCUCGAGUUCGUGGAAUGUACUCUAAAUGUAGCUUUUGUUCAUCA